GCCAUAUAGCAACAUUUCCUUCUGCGACGAACUUGAAACUGCAGCCCGCAGAUAAGAUAGGAAUAUGUAACGAAUGUAAUAAAAAACGACCGAAUAAAAAUUGGUGUAAACCUUGUUAUUCCUCCCAUUUUAAAAAAUCAUUUAAUAAAUGGACAAGUGGUAGUAAAAUUUUAAAUAAAUUUAUACAUAAAUCACAAUUGUCAUCAACAAGCCGAACCAGUUGUUUAGAAUGGAUACCAAGGUAUCAUUUAACUGAUGUUGAAUUAUUAAGUAAAAACAAUUAUUGUAGCGUCUAUUCGGCUAUUUGGGUUGAUGGUUUUAUUGUUAAUUGGAAUAAAGAUGACAAAUGUUGGAAUAGGUGCAGCGGUGUUAAAGUUAUUUUAAAAACUUUUACAAAGAUUGAUAAUGAUGUUUCUACGGAUUUCUUACACGAGCCGAAAGCUCAUUUAAAUUGUUGUGUCCAAAAUGCGUGUAUCACUUCGUUCUACGGAUUCACUUUAGACCCAAUAACGAACGAAUAUUUAAUGGUGUUAGAAUAUGCUCCAAAUGGUACUUUACGUGAUUAUAUUCAAAAGAAUAUUGGAACAUUAGAUUGGAAACGUAAAUCUCUUAUUCUACAAGGGAUUGCGUCGGGUUUAAGAACCAUUCACAGUGCCAAUUUAAUUCAUGAAUUGGUUCACAUUACUGAAGAAUUAUCAUUAUCUAUGUCUUAUAAAAAGAUUGGUUUGCCUGAAAAAGUAUUGUUGGAAAAUAAAAUGAUGGAAUCUUUGAAAAAUAUUCAUCCUUCAGCCGUUUAUUCUAGUAGACUAUUGCCUACUCUUUAUGAUAUUCAUAUCCAAGAUGACAAUGAAGAUAAUGAUCAAUGGUCUGAAUACGAUUCUGAACCAUUAAUUGUAUUAAAAAAUGAUAAUUUAUUAUAA